AUGAAUUGCACUUAUCAUAUCAAAAAUCCAAUAUCUUUGAUAUGUAUAGCCCCUCAUAAGUGCUAAUGCUAAAGGAAACUUUGUGUUGAAUGCCUUUACGAACAUGAAGUGGAUAUGAAAAAACAUGCAAUUCCGAUUACUAAAUUUCAAGAAAUGGCAAUGAAGAAAUUAAAAGACUUCAACCUUAAUGAUACAACUGAGUUAACCAAAUAGAGAGUGGCCUUUAAAGCCUUGCUCACUCAAACAGAAUUAAUGAUGAAGAAAAUUUGGGAAGAAUUGUCACAAUCUAUCAAAUAAGUAUACGAUUAGAUUGAAAAGGAAAACUAAUCAUACUUAAACCUCAUUAAUGAAAACACCAAUCUAGCUGAAUCCUCUUACACUGAUAUAGAAUAAUUAGUCAAAAUUGUAGAAGGAACAACUUUAAUAGAUUGGAAUGCUUAGAAGAAUUCUUAUAUGAAGGAGUUAGAUAAGACCAAGAGCUGGUGGGACCAGCAUAUAAAGGCUUUUAUUGAGAAGUCUAACUAAGGAAUUCAAUAGAUCCAAUCAUUAAUUAAGUAAGUCUUAUAAAUCUUAUCUCUAGGGAAGACGAAGAAGAAGUUUAUUUAAUGAAGGAAGAUCUUUAUGAGAUGCUAAAGUACACCCAAGAUAUUGAUGAAACUAUCUAUAAGAAGGUUCUUGAAAUACUUAAUAAAGAGAAAGUUUCAGACAUUAUUGGAUUCCUGUCGAAGACAAACAAUAAUCAGUUUUAUGAAUCUUUAAACUACAAGUAAGAGAAUAUAAUGGUGAUCAAGAAGUAAGUAAAGAAAAUAACUAAUGUCUUGAAAAAUAUUUAGGAUCAUCAAUAUAAUAAAGAUGACUAUUCUCAAGAAACAUAUGAAAAGGAAAGAGCGGAUCUGAUCAAGAGGAUGAAGGAUAACUAAGGGAUCACAGAUUUCAUCAAAUUUUUAGUACGACUAACUAGCAUAGAUGGAAAAUUCAUUCAAUCGGGAUCAAAUGGACUUAGUUUAUUAGUGGCCAUGAAGGUUGAUAUAAGGAACCAAUCCUUUGAGAAUAUCAGGAUCAAGAAUACUUCUUUAAUUGGAGGGAAUUUUGUAAGAUGUAACUUGAGUGAAUCAGAGUUUGAAAAUGUAGAAAUCAGUGGAUUGAAUUUGAAUGGUGCUUAAUUAUUCAAUUGUAAAUGGAAGAACAUGAAAAUCCAUGAAUUGAACAAAUUAGAUGGUCACAGCGGAAGUGUAUUGUCAGUCUAAAUUUCUCCAAAUGGAAAUACUUUAGCAUCUGCAUCUGGUAAUUCAGAUAAGUCUAUCCGUCUUUGGGAUGUAAAAACAGGAUAACAAAAAGCCAAAUUAGAUGGUCAUACUGACGCGGUCUGGUCAGUAUGUUUCUCUCCUGAUGGAAAAACAUUAGCUUCUGGUAGUGUUGAUAAGUCUAUCCGUCUAUGGGAUGUCAAAACAGGAUAAUAAAAAGCCAAAUUAGAUGGUCAUACU